AGUGGCCCAUUUACAGACCUGCCGUUUUCCAGUGAAUUUGACCCACUAAGAUUCUUAGAGUGGGGAAAGCAGGAAGCAAGGAGGCUGUAAGCGCGUAUUAGGGGCUGCGACUCUGCAGUGUUGCACAGUGCAGCUGGAGCACGACUCGCUGUACUGCUUCGGCUCAGCGGGAGACUCAAACCUGAAACCAAGCCAAGAAGCCGGGAGGAGGUGUGAAGCAGGAGUGAUUGUUUUGUGGUGCUUACUGCGCUGUUACAUUCUGUUAUGGAUGUGCACUGGGUUAGUCACGUUGUGUCCUGGUCACUCCUGAACGCUUCGCCCUUGGUGUCAUAGUGUAAGGUGGCCAGUUAAUCUGAAGGCAUCUUUGUGGACAGGACACUUAGAGGGCCAAACAAUGGAAUGCUCUCUCUUGCCUACACUGCUUAGCACUCUACAGACUGAGGUUAAACGGCUUAGUUAGCAGUGUGCCUCUCCCCCAAGAACUCUUUUAGCCUGGGGAAAGUUGGGAGAAAAAACGGGCGAAGGAGAAUUUCCUUUAUAGUACAGCACCUUACUCCAGUUCUUUGUAGUUGCUUGCUUGGGAUUCAUUUGGAAGCUUUGCGUGAACAAAAGCCAAAAUGGAUUUGGAACCGUACCUGUGGAUGGUCGUGCUUGGCUUCAUUAUAGCCUUCAUCCUGGCAUUUUCAGUGGGGGCCAAUGAUGUGGCAAACUCGUUUGGGACGGCGGUCGGGUCAGGGGUGGUGACACUACGUCAGGCCUGCAUCCUGGCUUCCAUAUUUGAGACCCUUGGCUCCAUACUUCUCGGUGCCAAGGUCGGGGAAACCAUUCGGAAGGGAAUUAUAGAUGUCAGUUUAUACAAUGACACAGUGCCGAUACUGAUGGCGGGAGAGGUCAGCGCCAUGGUCGGGUCUGCGGUUUGGCAGCUCAUUGCCUCUUUUCUGAAGUUGCCCAUUUCUGGAACUCAUUGCAUUGUGGGAUCUACUAUUGGCUUCUCCAUGGUUGCUAUUGGCACUAAAGGAGUGCAGUGGAUGCAGUUAGUCAAAAUUGUUGCCUCAUGGUUCAUCUCCCCUCUGCUGUCUGGUCUCAUGUCUGGUCUGCUUUUCUUCAUCAUCAGAUAUUUCAUUCUUAACAAGGAUGACCCUGUUCCCAAUGGUCUCCGUGCUUUGCCCCUCUUCUAUGCGUCAACCAUCGGAAUAAACACAUUCUCCAUCAUGUACACUGGAGCUCCCUUACUGGGCUUGGAGAUGCUCCCCGUCUGGGCUAUUGCCCUCAUUACCUUGGCUGGUGCUCUGGUAUGUGCCGGUCUGGUCUGGAUUUUGGUUUGCCCCUGGAUGAGAAGGAAAAUAGCAAGUCGGCUGAAGAAAGAGCAUGCUCUUUCCCGCAUCUCUGAUGAGAGUUUGGAUAAAAUCCCUGAGGAGGAAGAGGAAGCCCCCGUGUUUAAAGAGCUUCCAGGUGCAAAAAGCAGCAACGAUGCUGUGCUGCCCCUGACAGAGGAGUCCACAGGAGAGCUGAACAGCCUGGCUAAUGGAGGCACCGUCCUGCCCAACGGCAGAGUGUAUGGUCGCACUAACUCCAUGACCAACGGCUGCCUUAAGUCACCCGUGUCCAAUGGGGGCUUCAGCUUUGACGGACACAUGCGCAGUGACGGCCAGGUCUAUCACACCGUUCACAAGGAUUCUGGUCUCUACAAGGACCUACUACACAAGAUCCACCUGGGCCGCCUGGAAGACGAGCGCAGCAGCUCACGUCCCGACAACAGCUACCGUCACCUCCGCCGCAACAACAGCUAUACAUGUUACACAGCAGCCAUCUGUGGCAUGCCGGUGCAGCCCCUGAUGCGGUCGGAGUCCAGCGCCCCUCCUCCAGAGGACAGCGAGAAGCUAGUGGGCGACACUGUCUUCUAUUCAAAGAAGCGAUUGCGCUAUGACAGCUAUUCCAGCUACUGUAACGCGGUUGCAGAGGCUGAGAUUGAAGCGGAUGAAGGUGACGUGGAUGUGAAGUUGGCAGUAGAUCAAAGGGAGCCCCGGGCCCCUGCUGAAGCGGUGCUGGAGGACUGCGUUGAUGAGGACAAGGAGGAGAAGGACAAGCCGCAAGUCUUCCUGCUCUUCCACUUCCUGCAAAUCCUCACCGCCUGUUUCGGAUCGUUUGCGCAUGGUGGGAAUGAUGUCAGUAAUGCAAUUGGUCCUUUGGUGGCCCUGUGGAUGAUUUACGACCAGGGUGGGGUGAUGCAGGAUGCGGCCACACCGGUCUGGCUGCUAUUAUAUGGCGGCAUCGGAAUCUGUGCUGGACUGUGGGUUUGGGGUCGACGUGUCAUUCAAACGAUGGGCAAAGACCUCACACCCAUCACCCCCUCCAGCAAGUGGAAAAUUGUAGAAGUGGAGGACUGGUUUCUGGUGGAAAAACUGCCAGAUCUGAAACUUUCAACUUGGUCCUACACCAGUGCUGAGGUGUAAUUGUAGACUACAGAAAUGGAGCAUGUGCUUUGGCAGCAGGGUUAUAACAGUUUAUCUGAUAUUGAAAUCUUGCUAGAUUAGUUCAGUUUAUCGGCUUUUCUCCUCUCUCGUUUGGGUGCUUGCCCUCAAUCCCCGUUUGUAUUACCACCACAAAUCGGGUUAAAUAUCACCGUAGAAUGACCUUAAUUUUAAAUUUUAGCACACUUUAGAAUAAAGGCAGUUUAUAGAGACCGGUCACUGUUUUGCACUCUCAGCUCAGAACUGCCUGGGUUUGCUAAAUUUAGCAAGACACUUGUGCACAUGGCCUCAGCGACCUUGCGUUCUCUUAGUAACAAGACAAACUGUCAAAAACAAAUGAGCUUGAGUUGAUAAACAGAACAAAGGCUUUCCACCCUAUAAAAAGAACUCUCGUCAUUUGUUCUGAGAAAGCAAGCUGCAGAUCAUUUUUUUUAGGGAUGCUUGUUAGGAAAUCAUGAUUACUAAACACUGAUACACUGAAGGUAACUGGACACAACUCAAAAAUCCAAAACCAAAAUUAUUUUAAAUGAGCCUUUGAAAUAACCAAGCAAAUGAUUUUAGUGUGAUAUGUUUCUGUUGAUGUCUAAGCUCCAAAAUUGUAUAAUUCUUUUUAAAUAUUAAACUUAUAUUGAAAUUAUUAUAAUAGUGAAUUAUUGUUUAUCAAUGUGAAUCUCACCCCACACAGACUUUUAAGUGGGAACAUGACUUUUUUUUUUACUGUCAAUAAUUAAUUCAUCAUCACAUGUGAUGUACUUUCUCUAGAUUCUAUUAAACCUGGCACAGUUUGUUUUCCUUAUAAUGUAUAUGUAAAUAGAUGGUAAAGUAACAGAUGCAGUUGAAGUUGUGCAAAAAAUCUUAUUGGCUUACAUUGAACUAUAACUACCCAGAACAAUGUAUUAUA